AGAAGCCAAGGAAGUCUUUCUGGCCCAUGCAGCAAUGCAGAGGAGGAUAGUUACAGCAAUAUCCCUGUGUUUGGAAAAAUCCUGCUCAGUAUGGAGUAUGACUACAGGAAAGGUUGGCUGAUUAUACAUAUUUACCUAUGCCAAGACCUUGCUCCAGCUGAUGUGAAGAAGAAUAGAUCUGAUCCCUAUGUCAAGACCUACCUCUUGCCAGAUAAAUCAAGAGGUGGGAAGAGAAAAACAAAGAUAAAGAAGAAUACAUUGAAUCCAACAUUUGAUGAAUCACUACAUUACAUCGUCACUAAGAAUGAGCUGGGAAGAUUUCUGUGGCUGUCAUUCUGGCACAGUGUCACCUUUGGCCACAAUAUGUUCCUGGCUGAGGUCCUUUUGCCUCUUAAUAAACAAAACUUUGCUGACACCUCACCACAGUGGUUCCAGCUAUCAGGAGACCAUAUGGCUGCUGGGGAUCGAGACCAAGCCAUUUCUAAUGUUACUCAACCUCACAGCAUCAAAACAACAAGAGGCCAAGUUCUAAACCAGGCUCAUAUGGGCAUCCAGUUACAAAGGUCUAAUUCAUCAAAGACAUCAUUACAACCCAACUUUGAAAACCAGGAGGAUGACUUCCAAUCCCAGGCAGCAAAGAAGAUAGUUGUACAAGGACAAUUUCAACAGAAUCAACCAUCAUUACUACCCAAAUGUGGCAACCAAAGGUUGCAACGAGGCCAAUUCCAAUCUCAGACACUACCUGGUGAGUCAGCAGGACCAAAUCAGCUCUGUCACCAAGAAGGACAAUCUCAGAAAAGCAGACUGCCUCAGGGACCACUCACUGACCACCACCUGGAGGAACAAGUUGGCGUCCACUUUCAAACAAGGAGAAAAUCAAGCCAUUUCUUCCCACCUUUACCCCAACAACAGGACUCUGUGGGUGCUGGGGGUCAAGACCAGGGUGUUACUGACUCUCAGACCAUCAGAACAAUGGGAAACCAAGUUCUGAACCAGGCCGAUGGGGAUAUUCAUACCCACGUCUCAGAUCUAACAUUGUUAUCAAAAAAGAGUACACAAGAGAACACAGUGACAACUGAUCCAGAAACUGAUCAUCAUACAAAUACAUCAUCGGUGCAGAAUGAAGUUGUGGCAUUUUUUAAUCGGGACAAAGUUCAACAGAGAGAAGAGAAACAAUAUAAAUGCACCAAAGGCAAUGAGGGCGAAAAUGACGAUCACAAUAUUUACAGGCAAGUUUCUGUUUUUCUUCAUAGAGAUUUAUUACGAUAUUUAACAAGCUACGCCCCAGGCAGGACAUGCAUACAUGUAUAUCCAUUACAUCUUCAAGAGUACUUUCUUCGGUCUGCACAAGGACCACCCUUUCGUGUUGGAGAAGAAUACUGCUACGAAGCAGUGCGACUGUCCAGUUUUAAGGACUUGCCCAAUUCGGUCCCGGUACCAGCAACGCGACUUGCACAGUCAGGGUUCCAUUACACAGGAAACAGUGACGAGGUAGUAUGUUUUAGCUGUGGAGGGAGACUUAAGGAGUGGACCUAUGGAGACAAUCCGUUUGUGCGACAUCGUAAUUUCUUUCCAGAUUGCCCACUUAUGAAUGGGACUGAAGUGGAGAAUGUUCCCCUUUUCCCGAGAGAUCCUGAUUCUAAUUUCAACAUAGGCGCCAAUGUUGAUCCUUUCCCAAACUUAGCAAACACCAGGUCUACACCACGUGACCAAAGUGGCAAUUGGUCCUCACUACUGUCAAGUCAACAGGCACUAUCCAGGCCACUGGGCAUCACUUCACCAGAGGUCGCCACCCUGCAGUUCACGCCAUUGGAAUCACCCCUUUUCCCUGCAAACAUCAACGGAAACACAUCAGUUCCAUCAAAUGCAUCUCACCGGACUUCCAACGUCCCUUCACGGAUGAGGAACGAGUCUGACCGCCUGACAACUUUUGUCAACUGGCCCAGUGGAGCAGGUGUCCUACCCAGAGACUUGGCAAGAGCUGGUUUCUUCUACGUGGGCAUGGGGGACCGGGUGCAGUGUGCCUUCUGUGAGGGGGUUUUAAGGAACUGGGAGCCAGGUGACCAACCAAUGCAGGAACAUCGCAGGUACCUUUCAACCUGCCCGUUCAUCCUAGGACUGGAAGUCGGGAACAUUCCUGUGGAAGAACCAAGCACAGCUCUUCCUCUUGCUGUGUCAGAAUCACAAAGACAAGCUGUGGGAGGCAGCACAACAGGAUCAGAGAAUGCCACAAAUGGAGCCACACUAGGGAUACUAACAGCGAGACCCAGACACGAAAAAUACGCCAUUGAAAACACCAGAGUUCAGACUUUUGCUAACUGGCCACCAUCUCGUAUUCCGUGUCCUGAAGAACUCGCCAGGGCCGGGUUCUUUUACGCUGGCUUUGGUGACAACGUGAAGUGCUUCUUUUGUGACGGAGGGCUGAGGAAUUGGGAACCACAAGACGACCCUUGGACUGAGCAUGCGCGUUGGUUCCCACGUUGUGGCUUUGUUCGCCAGUGCAAGGGGGAUGAGUUUAUCCGAAUGAUCAAGGAACAGAAUUCGCCAAACAACCAGGUAAGCAUAUAUUUAGUCACAUCAUUGAGAUUUACUAACGGUUUAGGCUUAACCCUGUACAUUGGCUAUACUCUUCAUAUUGACUUGAUAUUGUUUUAUUCAAUUUAUCCUUCCCAGGCUCAAACACAAACACAAAGACCACAAGGUGCGCCAGGCAGUUAUCACGUAGAAGCCCGGGAGAUCAAAGCCCGUCUUGACACCCCGACAGUGCAGGCGGUGUUAGAUAUGGGUUUCAGUCGAGAUACAGUGCGUCAGGCGAUCGAACAAAGAUUGCGAAACACCGGAGACGAUUUCCCCAGUGCAGCCACUUUAUUCGAUGCCGUUUUGAAUAUCGAGGAUGAAAAUAACCGGCAAGGUGCGGCGGCGAUAUCAGUAAUUCCCCAAGAGGAGCCUGGUCAACAACCACUAAACGCAACUCUGUCUGAAGCACCACCACAUAAGGCAGCCCAGAAAACAUCACAAACACAGAAUACGGACAAACUAUCUAAAAAAGACAAGAAAAAGAAGAAACAAGACGCUCCGGUAGUAAAGGACAGUGACGACAAGGAGACCAAAUCCCUGAUUGAAGAGAAUAAGAGACUGAAAGAAGAGCGCACCUGUAAGAUAUGUAUGGAUGAAGAAGUUAGUGUGGUAUUUCUGCCGUGCGGCCAUCUUGUCGCCUGUGUCCAGUGUGCACCUGCCUUGAGAAAUUGCGCCAUUUGCAGAGCAGCCAUCAAGGGCACAGUAAGGUCGAUCUUAAGUUAAGCGCUAAAUCAGCGUCCGGGACAUGGUUAUUUCGGUAUCUUAAAAGUAUGCAUUACAAAUACAUACGCAUUAAUGCAACGAGAACAGAAUAGAAGCAUCCUGAAUUUUGAUAAUUAUCAACACAUUGUAAUGAGAACAGAAUAGGAGCAUCCUGAAUUUUGAUGAUUAUCAACACAUUGCAGUGAGAACAGAGUGGAAGCAUCAUGAAGAUAAAACGAUGUCAGCACAGUGCGUGUGUGUGCGUGUUUGUGUGUGUGUGUGUGCGUGUGUAUGUGACAGUUUGUUCGUUGACUAAGAAAGUUGAAGCCCUGGGCUUGGAAUCUCGAAAGGUUCGCUAUGUUGCGCAAGCGCUCUAGCAUGGCUAGCGUGCGCUAUCCCGUAUCUCGAAAGCAUCGCUAUUUUGAGCGCCUGCGCUAUCAUGGCUAGCGUGCGCUAUCCUGUAUCUCGAAAGCUUCGCAAAUCCUGGCCGUGCGCUAAUGUCCAAAUCACCAUUAGUUUCGAGGCUAUUAUUUGCGGCUAAACAAACUAGACGCAAGUGUUUUUACACGGUGGCUAGUUUUGUUGUUAUAAGAGAAAAAUGCCAGGAAAAUGCUAAAAGAAGGUGUGUGAGACGUAUAGAUCUUAUGGUAGAGUUCCAACAUUAUAUUUUUCAUCAGAGAUACCGCAUGACGCAGGAGAAUGUGCUCAAACUGACCAAUAUUAUUGAAGAACCUCUGAAAAGACCGACUACGAGGUCUUGAGCACUGUCACCCAAUACCCAAGUUCUUGCUGCAUUACGUGUACUUGCAUAGGAUCUCUGAGUCUCACACACACUUCCAUAUUCUCCUGGUAUUUUUCUCUAACUCUCAGUUGGAUCAUUUAUGAAUCAUUGUGGGAUGAAUAUGGAUUAUUGUUUCAUUAAAAAUUAAAUAAAAUAAUGAAAACUGAUUUUCUCUUUAAAAUGUCAUAUUUUAUUAUAUUUUGC